CACACUAUUCUACGACUACGGCUGUCACAUUCUACGACAAAAAGUAUUUUAUUUUUGCUAUUUCAGUUUGUGUUGCAUUGAAUCGAUGAUAUAAAGACAGUUAUAAUGAAUGAAACAAAAACACAGACUCCUACACUGGAUCAAAUAUUGGAUGGUGAAUACAAUUUUGCUGUACUCUGUCGAGUUUGUGAUGACAAGGCUUCGGGUGUGCAUUACGGAGUAGAUGCGUGCGAAGGGUGUAAGGGAUUUUUCCGGCGAACCACAGGACAGAAUCUGAAAUAUCCAGUAUGCAAAUUAGGAGGAAAUUGCGAAAUAAACAGAGAGUCUAGAAACAGGUGUCAGUCAUGUAGAUAUGAGACAUGCCUGAAAGUCGGAAUGUCUCGAGAAGCCGUCAAGUAUGGAAGAAUACCAAAAAGAGAGAAGGUUAAAAUUUUGACACGAAGAUAUUCAGCGUGGAGAAGCUAUGCACGAUCGGAUGAGAAUGCUACCGGGAGUUUUCACUGUAAAAACGAAACGUUACUAAAGCAGACAACUGACGACCGCAAAACAAUAAAACACGAUAAUGUAUUACUAAACCCUGCCAAGAAACCGAAAAGUAAACAUUUACCAACUGCAAAAUAUUUAAUACAAAGUCGUAUCGAAAAUGAGGGGAGCGGUCAAUCUCUAACAAGGAGGAACCAUUCGCACUUGCUAAGUGUUGGUGAUGACGUCCCCAACGUUUUCAAAGACAGAGAGAAUUCAGUAACACGUCAGAAAUUUAUAUAUUCCGCCUGUAAACCAAAUGAACCUUAUUGGAACCCAAAAGUCGUCGUUGAAAAUCAAAAAUCCACAUCUGAAAAAAUUAGGCACCUGAACUUAAUCAAAGCUUUUCAAUAUGAUUCAACGAAAAUGGACCAUUGGCAUAUUCAGUCGUCAACUUUGAACAGAGAAGAUAAAUAUAUUUCGUUUGAUAAAUUUCCCGAACGACUGGAAGAAAAUGCGAAGGAAGAAGCGUUUGUGGUCAGCAUCAUCCCACGACAGUUGUUGCUCCUCACGGACUAA